CNAAAAUGCUCCAAAGGGCAAGCAGCAUCUUUUACAUAGGGGAAGAGUGCAGUGAGGCCAGUAAUGAGUUUGGUGGAGCCAAUGCAGAGGUGUCGAGCUCGCGGCUGCGGCCGGAGAACGCCGUCGGCCUACGGCUUCUGAUGCAGCAGCCGCGACGAGAAGGGCGGGUUGUUAUGAAGUCCGAAGUGAAACUACGGGUGCUUCCAGAAUCGAAUGAGAAUGCUCGACAAGAUCACAAGAGUUUCCAACGAAUGGGCUUUCUAAAGGCUUGUUUUCUCUGUCACAAGGAGUUGAGCCUACAAAAGGAUGUUUUCAUGUAUAAAGGCGAGCACGGAUUUUGCAGCGCCGAGUGCCGGCGCCACCAAAUGACAGUGGAUAAGAGAAGCGAGCGCGAAAGUGCCUCGGCAAAGCAGGGAAGCAGAACGAACCAUUUCACACGGUUGAAUGCGCGAGCAUCGGAUCGUCGGAGGAUAGUAGUAGCAGCACAAUUGACUUUUUAACACACACAUGCAUAUAUUGCUGCCCUUUUCUAACUGUAACAUAGCUGUUUUUGCCAGUGUAGUAGAUGAUCUUUUAUAUACAUAUGAGAGUGUUCAGAGUGACAAUUAGGGACUGUUGUCCUCUGAGUUUGGCUA